GAUAAAUUCGAAUGGAUUUGUAUACAAUACCCAGAUGAGUUCAGGACUGUUGCCAAUGCCGGAGAAUUAUUUGCCGAUUCAGAUUCAGCCCAAGACGUCGGUGAAUACUGAGAGUGGUCUUACCUUCAACCUGCCCACAAAUGAUGUAGUCGCUCCAAGGAAACGUUCAAGAGAUUCAUUCACUCCUUCUUUCUCUACCCUUCAGAAACCCUGCAACGGACUCUCUCAAAUUCCAUCGUUUGUCGGUGAUGAUGUUUUGCCACUUGUUCAACAGUAUCAGUUGGAUAUCAAUUCCAUCAUUUCUCACCAUACGAAGAAAAUAAGAUUGGAAUUAGAAGAGCAACAGAAACAUCAAUCGAGAAUGCUGGUAUCAGCAAUUAGCGAAAGAGUAAUGAAGAAAAUGAAGGAAAAAGACGAACAAAUACAGAAAAUAGGAAAAAUCAACUUAGUCCUACAAGAAAGAGUAAAAACUCUUUACAUGGAAAACCAACUAUGGAGAGACUUAGCACAAGCCAACGAAGCCACCGCCAAUUCACUCCGCAGCAACUUAGAACAGGUCCUGGCACACGUUACCGAAGAACGCCUCUCCGCCGAGGAAGACGCCGAGUCAUGCUGCGGCAGCAACAACGAAGAGGAUGAUGAAGAAGAAGUGCGCACGUUAGCGGGAGAUGCGCAGGAUAAGAGAAACAGAAUGUGCAGAAGGUGUGGAGAGAGGGAAUCAUGUGUAUUGCUGUUACCGUGCAGACACUUGUGUUUAUGCACAGUUUGUGGGUCAAGUUUACAGGAUGCUUGCCCAGUGUGUAAUUCGAAUAUGAAUGCCACAGUUCAUGUGAACAUGUCUUCUUGAUCCAUCCAUGGAAAUCUUCAACAAUCAAGAUUAGACAAAAUAGAGUUACAGGUUACUGUAAAUUCACUUUUGGUACUAGUAAAUGAAUUGUUCAUUCUUUCUCUAUACAUAAUAUUCUUUCACUUCUUCUUGAAAUUUAUUGUUUAAGACAA